GCAACAAACAUGCCUCUUGUCAUACUUUCCAUGAUCUCUUUUUGAUGACCAUACAACAUGGCGGGAACCGGGCUUCAACCACUAAACAUCUUCCUCAUAGUUUUUCCUUUUGUAGUCUCUGCCACUAUUGUGGUCAUUAGAAUGUGGAAGAAAUUCAAGGAGCGCCAAUUAGCUAUAGUGGUUGUAGUCUCUUAUGCUGGCUACCAUGCAGAGGACAUCCCCGAAGGGGCUAUCGAUCACGAACAAGUGCUCAUCUGGCGCUACAUUAACAACGCGACAUACAACCAAAUCCUUGGUCUCGUCAAAAUCUCAUUCCUGAUCACGCUACUAAAGCUACGCUCAACGAAUCGGCUGGUUAUCGCGAGCAUAUGGACGUUAAUUGCUGUAAACAUAGGCUUCGUGCUCGCUGCCUUCUUUGCACACAUCUUCAGGUGCCAGCCCAUCCAUAAGUACUGGCAGCCUGAAGUUCCCGGUCAUUGCCAUAAUGACGCACAAUACAUCUUCGGUGUGAUCGCCGUCACGAUUGCCACGGAUGUUCUGGUGGCAUUGAUUCCAGCAUGGAUACUCUAUGAUAUCCGCAUGCCUUUAAAGGUCAAAUUAGAAAUCAUUGUAUUUCUCUCCCUCCCACUUGCAGUUACAGCAAUCGGCUGCUAUCGACUGCAUCAAUUCAUCCUCUUCUUCAGCUUGCCUUACGGUGCCUCUGAGGACUCUUACAACGUGAGAAACGCACUUACGAGCCUUGAGGGUAAUCUUGGGGUGAUCGCUGCUUGCGGGCCGACUAUCAAAUGGAUCUUGGGUUGGUUCAUACCCUACUUUGAUACAGAGCGUUUUGAGGGAGCUUAUAUACCGAAAACGCCGAGAUUGUCAUCGCUGUCACAACUACGUUCGCACGGCUAUGUCAGGAGUCACAAUGGCGUAGAGCUCCAAGCCCACGGCAUCGACGGCACAUAUCCACUUAAUGUUCGCAACCCAUGUUGUAGAGCCGACAGCGAUGCGGAUAGUGAAAAGCAGUGCAUUUCGGUUCCAGCGUGCAAAGAUGGCAAAGACAUUAUGAGGACUACUGUGAUAGAACGGGAAACUUCGCCGUCGCGCUAA